AUGAACCGGGAGGAAGCAAUAGAACUGUUGGACUUCUGGUACAACCGACAGGAGAACAUCCGGGACGUCACAUUUGAGUUCUACGGCUGGUGGAGCAAGGCCGACAAGGAGGUAAAACCCCCUGUCGCCGAGGCAGAGGCAGAUACACCAGUGGAUGGACAGGCCGAAGAGAAUCCGGGAGGAAAAGCAAAGACAAGGGUAUCGGCGAGGCGAAAGUCUGUUUUCUGGGCGAUCGUUCCUUCUGACAGCUCUGAUGACGAUGAGGACGGCCGGCCGACAAAGACAGCCAAACCAGCCAGGCAGCAGGCAGCAAAGACAACCCAUUGGCCAAAAACUCGGGUUGAACCUGCAGACUCGGGGGACAAGUUUCAUCAACCAGAUUCGCCAGAUGAGUCCUCGGAUGAAGAAAGGCCAGCUACCAGGAAGGGCAAAGAACCUGUGAAACAGAAGGCAAAGAGACCUAGGAAGGAGGUUGCGGAGACACGCGGCGAGGAUGAAGCUCUGGAGGUAGAGAGUCGCCCAGUUAUGAAGACCCAUGCUCGCAAGCAGGGCACUGCUCCCAACAACAGGCUUGUUGCCCCCACAGCUCCACAGAAACCAUCUCCCACAACAGAUGAGCUAUCUGCCUCCCGAGGAGUGCCGACUCCUUUGGACCGACCCAGGAGGGUAGGGCCUGCAUUUCAGCCUGGCGGUGCAUUGCAGCACAAACCUAGUCGUGUACAGAAAGACGGUCCGGCAGUCAUCUUGCAAUGCUCUACCAAGAAACACAAGCUGGGCGGACCACAUGGGAAGAAACGUGCUGCCGAAGAUGAGUUGGAAGGAUCACCUGCCAAACGCACAUGCAGCAAGACCACAGAUGUUCUCCCAAAAAGAUCCAAGAAACCCAACUCCAGAUAUGCCACCAACUUCAUGUGGUCUUGA